GGCAAACCUCCUCUUCACCAGCCACCGUGCGUGCUGGGGCUGACGCGAGUACCCGCAUACGGAGUGCGGACGGCGGAAAGUCGUUGCGUGCAUACUCGGUUAUUUCGUCUCCUGAAAGCCUGCAUUUUUGUCAAUCCUGACGCGGAAAAGAAGCGGAGCUCACCUUCAUUGUAGGUGAAAGACACCCAUCAUCCCGGCCUCUCUCUCAUCUCUACAGGAAACUAUAGACAAUUACGGAAUAUUGUACCUCUCGGUGGUAAUGCCAUGUGACAAGGCUUUUCAUCAUUUGGUAUUUCUUUCCCCUUCAACAAUAGUCGCUGGGUUCGCCUGUGUGUUCUGGCGUUGGUUAUAUUUAAACAGGGGCCAAGUGGAUGAAAAAUAGAAAGCCCCUGGGCAAAAUGGAAGUUUUGGCCGUUGGCUUGGUCCGCUGAGGCUGCUGCUGCUGCUGGUGGUGGUUUGGUGAUUGGUGCAGGGGGGAAACUGCGACGCCAAGUCUGAACGCCUGGGAAUCACGGGUCAUUAAAACAGAACCCGCUUUUUCAAGACGACUUUCAUUCAUAUUUUUGAAUUAUAACUGUCAUUUAAAAGAACGGCAACGUCCUGCAGUCCCUCAGUUCGUGUUUAACCCGGCGACGUUCGGAUACGGUGUGUUUUCUCUGCGGCUCAACGUCUCUCCGCUCGCCCAGAAUAUGAUUUAAUGUUUGUAGGAAUUUCAACAGGGUGCCAGUCUGAGACUACCCGGGAAUCUCCACUUAUUCUCCUCUGCAGACAAGCAUCACGCUCUCACGUCAAGAGAAUCCUAUAUCAAGGAAGACAUUACAGGGAAUUUCCUUGACCGCCCUACAGAUGGACUAAAAAAAAGCUUCGGUUUUCGGGAUUUUAACUCUGUUCGCUCUCACUCAGAGAGCUGUCGUUUUUUCUGGUUUUGGAUGAAAUAUUUCUGGACAACAUGAAAGUUAUCACUGCUAUGCUGCUUGUUGCCGUUGUUUGGAGCCAGGAGUGGAAGUCGGCGCUCUCGGAUUCAAUCAUCCACAUUGGUGCCAUAUUUGAUGAGUCAGCGCGGAAAGAUGAUGAAGUGUUUCGCCUUGCUGUGGCAGAUCUCAAUUUGAACAACGAGAUCUUGGAGACGGAGAAGAUCACCAUCUCUGUGGAGUUCGUUGACGGGAACAACCCCUUCCAGGCUGUGCAAGAAGCCUGUGAGCUGAUGAACCGUGGGAUCCUGGCUCUGGUCACUUCAAUCGGCUGCAUGUCUGCGGGCAGCAUUCAGACUCUGGCCAAUGCCAUGCACAUCCCCCACCUCUUUAUCCAGCGCUCCCCUGCGGGAUCCCCUCGCUCCGACUGCCAACCAACCAGCCGCGUCCCUGGAACAGAUGACUACACCCUCAUGGUCCGCCCUCCCAUCUAUCUCAAUGACGUCAUCAUGCAAGUGGUGUCUGAGUAUAGCUGGCAGAAGUUCAUCAUCUUCUAUGAUUCUGAUUUCGAUAUCCGUGGUAUUGAGGAUUUCCUUGACCGGAGCUCUCAGCAGGGAAUGGACGUGUCCCUACAGAAGGUGGAAUCUAAUAUCAACAUGAUGAUCACUAGUCUGUUCAGAACAAUGCGUGUGGAGGAGCUGCAUCGCUACAGGGACACGCUGCGCAGAGCGGUGUUGUUCAUGAGCCCAGCCACCGCUAAGGCUUUCAUCACUGAGGUGGUUGAGACCAACCUGGUGGCCUUCGAUUGUCACUGGAUCCUGAUUAAUGAGGAGAUCUCAGACUACGAUCUGCAGGAGUUAGUCAUGAAGUCGAUCGGUCGGCUGACGUUGGUGCGGCAGACAUUCCCCAUGCCCCAGAACGCGAGUCAGCGCUGUGUUAAACACAACCACAGGAUCAACAAUUCCCUGUGUGACCCUAAAAACCCCAGGUCUCAUCAGCUGGAGAUCACCAACCGCUAUAUUUAUGAUAGUGUGUUGCUGCUGGCCAACACCUUCCACAGAAAGCUGGAGGACAGGAAGUGGCACAGCAUGGCCAGUCUGAGCUGCAUCAGGAAGAACACCAAACCUUGGCAGGGUGGCAGGAGCAUGCUGGAUACCAUCAAAAAGAAUGGAGUGAGCGGCCUCACCAGUUUCCUGGAGUUCGAUGACAAUGGCUCCAACCCCAACAUCUUCUUUGAAAUCCUGGGAACAAAUUAUGGAGAAGACAGGGGACGAGGAGUCACUCGGCUGGCAACAUGGGAUCCAGUUCAUGGCUUGAACGGCACCCUGACAGACAGGAAAUUGGAAAAUAACAUGAGAGGAGUGGUGCUACGAGUCGUCACUGUCCUGGAGGAGCCGUUUGUAAUGGUGUCAGAGAACGUUCUGGGAAAACCGAAGAAGUACCAAGGCUAUUCCAUUGACGUCCUGGAUGCUCUGUCCGACUACCUGGGCUUUAAGUAUGAGAUCUACGUCGCUCCAGACCAUAAAUACGGCAGUUUGCAGCCUGACGGGCAAUGGAACGGACUGAUGGGGGAAUUGGUCUUUAAGCGAGCAGAUGUGGGACUUUCUGCCCUGACCAUCACGCCUGAGCGAGAGAGCGUCGUGGACUUCACCACACGCUACAUGGAUUAUUCAGUGGGCGUUCUGCUGCGCAAAGCUGAACGCACUGUGGACAUGUUUGCCUGCCUGGCGCCCUUCGACCUGUCACUGUGGGCGUGCAUUGCGGGCACCGUGCUCCUCGUUGGCAUCCUGGUGUACCUGCUCAACUGGCUCAACCCUCCCCGGCUACCCAUGGGCUCUGUGUCACCGACAACGCUGUACAACUCCAUGUGGUUCGUGUACGGCUCCUUCGUACAACAAGAUGUGUCCCUCCAGGACUUAUCCAAGCAGACGGAGUUGCCUUAUGGCACAGUGUUGGACUCAGCAGUAUAUGAUCAGGUCCGCUACAAGUCUAUGAACCCCUUCGAGAGAGAUCCCAUGUACUCCCAGAUGUGGCGCAUGAUUAACCGCACCGGAGGGGGAGAAAACAACGUUGAGGAGUCAAAAGAAGGCAUUCGCAAGGUGAAGUAUGGUCGAUUUGGCUUCGUGUGGGAUGCGGCAGUGCUGGAAUAUGUUGCUAAUAAUGACGAGGACUGCUCCUUCUACGCUGUUAGUAGCAAUGCACCGGACCGUGGAUAUGGAAUCGCCAUGCAGCACGGCAGCCCCUACAGGGACAUUUUCUCCCAGAGAGUCUUGGAGCUCCAGCAGAACGGUGACAUGGAUAUACUGAAACUCAAGUGGUGGCCCAGGGACAGCCCCUGUGAUCUCUACAGUUCAAUCCAGACACGACAACAGGGGAAUGCCCUGGACAUCCACAGCUUUGCGGGGGUGUUCUGCGUCCUGGCAGCCGGUGUGGUGCUCUCCUGCCUCAUUGCCAUGGUGGAAAGCUGGUGGUCACGGAGGAAGGGAUCCAGGGUCCCCUCCAAGGAGGACGAUAAGGAGAUCGACCUGGAGCACCUACACCGCCGGGUUAACAGCUUGUGCACCGAUGAUGAAAGCCCCCACAAGCAAUUCUCCACCUCUUCCGUCGAUUUAACGCCCCUUGACAUGGAUGCCCUGCCUGCAGCACGCCAGGCACUCGAGCAGAUCAGCGACUUCCGCAACACCCACAUCACCACUACCACCUUCAUCCCAGAGCAGAUCCAGACCCUCAGCCGCACCCUCUCUGCCAAAGCCGCUGCUGGAUUUUCAACUGGUUUCGGUAGCGGUGGCGGCGUCCUCCAGGACCACCGGACUGGCGGGGUGGGCCCUUUUAGGCAGAGAGCCCCCAACGGUGGUUUCUUCCGGAGCCCUAUUAAAACAAUGUCCUCCAUCCCCUACCAGUCCACAGGUCCAGGACCCAACUUUGGAUAUGGCAAUGACCCCGACAGGGGCACCUCUAUAUGAGGAGUUUCUAAGGAUAUGGUUGGCUCAGGAGGAAUAGGAGCAGAAGGAGGCGAGGUGGUUAGGGUAGGUCAUGGGAUGGUAGAACAAAUGCAUUAUGGCUAAGCUAAAAAAAAUCUGCUAGAGAGGUGUACAUAGGAAUCUUUAUGUUUUUAGUUUCUGCUUGGGUGUUUCCAGGGGUGUCCAAUUUUUAUGUCGAGAAGACAAAAGAGGUGGAGGUCUAUUUGGGCGUUCCUUAUCCUCCUGCAAACAUUCUGGUAAGGUGCAAAAAGGGAAGGGGGUGGGAAGGGUUGACUCUUUGCUUUGUUGUUGUUGUUCUUGUGAUUGUUUGGGGGAUUAUUUUUAGGGAUAUGUGUGAAAGGGGAUCUUUUUCUAUUGCUUCUGUUUUACAUUAUGAGGACUGCCUCAUGUAAUGGAGAUCUGCUGAAAUGACCUGACUAUUAUGAUCUAAAUCCCCCUUGGAGAGUUUAGUUUACACUACUCCUACCACAGGAAACACGUAUAUUCCUGUGAGCUCCAGGGCUGCCAUUGGUGGAUGACUGGUGGUGUUGUUAGCCAUUAAACAAUUCUAAGCGGCUGUCACUACUAAGCAAUUAUUGAGUUGUUAUUUUAUGAAGGCGUUUAUAACUAUAAUUUUGUCGGUAGCCCUGGGAAUACAUACAGCCGCCCCUUGCAGUUUUGAAAAGGCCUGAUCUCCGUGAAUAUCGGAAGACUCCACUUCUCAACUUUUACUCUGCCUUUUCACUUUGUGGGAGUCCAUACUGAGUUUUCUCUUCUCUUGCUUCACCGAUACCUGGGGUUCUAAAUGCGUCCAAGGUGGUGUCAAUACGGUGGCCAGACUACACUGAGACGUUACAGUUGAACUCACACUGACCCCAUCACGGAGCAUCCAUCUGAAUACUGCUUAACCGCCAUGACAGUGCAACAAUAUGACACUGAAUCACCAGUUUGGUGCGUCGGUCUUUAACUAUUUCUGCCAUUUUGGUGCAUCAGUCUGAAACUGUUUUCAACACUUUGAUGCACAUUGAAGACUCUUUGUCAACUCCACUGCACUGUACCAGUGCCCACAGACCUGUAAGUGAUUGUAUGUAGAUCUGACCUUUUCUUGCACCUGUACUGUGCUCUCUGCUUUCAAAGUCAAGGUGAGAUCCUCUUAUCAAACUCUCAGAGGGAUAAUAAAAAGGGAUGAUACAAGAACAACUUAAAGAAGAAAAAACAUAAAAGACAAGCCGAAAGACUUCCAAAAGCUUAUGCUUAUUAUAUGUCUUUUAUUGAGUUUUGUUUUUGAAAAAAAUAGAUUUAAUGCGUGGAAUGUGUUUUGGUCAGGAAGUACAAAAAAUAACAUUGUUCUGAGCUGUCUACUUGUUUUUUUUCUCUCAGCAAACUUUGAAAAACUGCUAAAUGAGUGCUGUAGUCUCUGGUUUUGCAUUAUUAAGUCAUUCCAACUUUUACUUUUUCUUUGUUUUGCUUAAGUUAAGUGCUGCCAUAGCCUGGGUGUUUAAAAGAUAAAAGCUCAUUAUGUGAGGUCGUGUCAUGUUGGAGAUCAUUAAUCACUUUUUAUCAGGUUCAUGUGAUGAAAGGGACUAUCAUUUGUGUUUUGGAGAAGCCAUUGCAGCAGCAUCUUCAGUACAGGCCUUAUACGUAUGUCAACUAGCUAGCUUUACCCUCACAGCUUCCAGUCAAAAUAUCACUAAAAACUGGAAACAUUUUAGUGCAGCAAUUCAGUCGUUGCGCUAAGGGUCAUAGGAAUGUCACAAAGAAUCAAUGCCCAUCAGAACCCAGUGUCUGCCUUUUGUGAGAUAAGUCAGAAAUAUACUUCUAUUUCAUAUCUGUAAUGUUAAGGGUACUGUUUAUAUAACUUGUUUUUUUUAAGUGCCAAUUCAUUCAAACCAGACCAUUAAGGUGCAUUUUGUGGCGGGGGAAGAAGAAAGGGACAUUGAGAUCAUUAAAGGAAUUUUUUGUGGAUUUGGGGGUGGGGUGGUAAAAUGGAACCAAAUCUUUUUCACUAACACUGUAUUAAUAAAUGAUAAUGUUAGUUGUUUAGAACCAGUUUUCAGUUUGUUAUCUUUAAGAACUAAAACUGCAAAAUGUUGUGCAUAGAGAACUCAGUCGAGCCACAGUGUUUUGAAGCAAGCAUUCUUAGGCAUUAUUUUUCUUAGGCUAUUGAAUGACAAAUAGGACACAGACAUUUCAAAUGUUUUAUUUAGUAUAAAUGAAAGAGAUAUUAUAAAAAUGUAUAUUUUACACGUUGAUGCUAUUUUUGUUUAACAAAAAGAAAAGAGUAUAUCAUAAUGAGCUAUAGUAUAGAGUUAAGCAGUCCCAUUUGUUUCUACCUGUUCUGCCCAUCAUGGUCAACACAAACUAUUUACUUUUAUCAUGUCAUUCUGAGUUCAUUUUUUAUUUGCUGGCUAAAUAACAAAAAGUGGCAAGUUGAUUAAAAAGAAAGCAUGCACAAACUUGCUCUUGCGCUAUCUGUUAACAUUUUUUAUUUCAUACAUAGAACUACAGGAUUUACUUGAUAAUUUUCAAAAAUGUAUGAUGUACAGUAUUUAAUAUAGGCCUAUUUUGUUGUAUGUGUUGCAUAUUAUUCAAAAACUGAACAAACUGGGGCCUCUGUUACAAGUGGCAAAGCUUUCUGUGUAUAAUUUGUCUAAUAAACAGGUUUUCUACAGAG